UGGCCAUAUCAGGGUUGCAGCUGUCUAAGAGCAACAAUAACAAGCGCUACUCCGCAGCCUGAACGCAGCGUUAACAGCACUGACAGCACUAAAUACCGUCGAAAUUCUCAAAAUGCAGCUUUCGAAAUAACUCCGGUGUUUGUUUCUUGGUCCUCCGAGCUGAACACCGGCUAUCGUCCAGGCUGACGCCGCCGAACAGAGACUCGGGCGCAGGGGGAGCUUUGCAAUUUGCGGCUGCAUCUGGGUCAGUGGGCCCCACGCUAACCGCACCAGAGGUUUGGCUAUCCCCGUGGACCUGUCAGCUGUUCGUACACGCAUCAUAACCCCCAUAUAAACCGGGGCAACAUGGAGGCUAACGGUGGAGGACAGGACCGGGAUUCCGAGCUCUCCUGUCGAAACGGUACUCAGAAUGGUGAGUCGUCCUCCACCGUGGCCGCUCACUCCAACGGACUUAUCUCGGUAACUAACAAUGGCAACGCUGUCAGCAACAACAACGGUGUGGCAGCCCAGCCCGCCUCCAACAACAACAACAACAGCAGCAGCAGCACGGCGGAUGGCGGGUCGGGGGUCAAGAAGAAGAAGCGCCUGUCUCAGUCUGAGGAGGAUGUCAUCAGGCUCAUAGGACAACAUCUGAACGAUUUAGGUCUCAAUCAGACGGUGGACCUCCUGAUGCAAGAGUCUGGCUGCAGACUGGAACACCCCUCUGCCACCAAGUUUCGCAAUCAUGUCAUUGAAGGAGAGUGGGACAAGGCUGAGAGUGAUCUGAAUGAGCUGAAGGCACUGAUGCAUUCUCCUAGUGCUAUAGUGCGGAUGAAGUUCCUACUCCUGCAGCAGAAAUAUCUGGAAUAUCUGGAGGAUGGGAAGGUCCUGGAGGCUCUGCAGGUCCUCAGAGCCGAACUCACCCCUCUCAAAUAUAAUACGGAGCGUAUCCACAUCCUGAGCGGGUACCUGAUGUGCAGUCAUGCUGAGGAUCUGCGAGCCAAAGCUGAGUGGGAGGGCAAAGGCACAGCAUCGCGAACCAAACUGCUGGACAAACUCCAAACUUACCUGCCUCCGUCAGUGAUGCUGCCUCCCCGUCGUCUGCAGACUCUCUUGAAGCAGGCAGUGGAACUCCAGAGGGAGCGCUGCCUCUACCACAACACCAAACUGGACAGUGGUCUGGACUCUGUGUCUCUGCUGCUGGACCACUCCUGCAGCCGGAAACAGUUCCCCUGCUACACGCAGCAGAUUCUCACAGAACACUGCAAUGAAGUCUGGUUCUGCAAGUUCUCCAAUGAUGGCACAAAACUGGCAACUGGAUCUAAAGACACCACAGUCAUUGUGUGGCAAGUCGACAUGGAAAUCCAGCAGCUGAAGUUGAUGAAGACUCUUGAAGGUCAUGCUUAUGGUGUUUCCUACCUGGCAUGGAGCCCUGAUGAUGCUUAUCUGAUAGCCUGUGGCCCUGACGACUGCUCCGAGCUGUGGCUGUGGAAUGUGCAGACGGGGGAGUUACGAACAAAGAUGAGUCAGUCCCACGAGGAUAGCCUAACCAGUGUGGCCUGGAAUCCAGAUGGCAAACGCUUUGUCACCGGCGGCCAGAGGGGCCAGUUCUACCAGUGUGACUUGGAUGGAAACCUCUUGGACUCCUGGGAGGGAGUUCGGGUGCAGUGCCUGUGGUGUCUCAGUGAUGGCCGCACAGUCCUCGCAUCUGACACCCACCAACGCAUCCGAGGAUACAAUUUUGAGGACCUGACAGACAGAAACAUAGUGCAGGAGGACCAUCCCAUUAUGUCUUUCACUGUUUCCAAAAAUGGAAGGUUAGCUCUGCUCAAUGUUGCUACUCAGGGAGUGCACCUUUGGGACCUGCAGGACCGGGUGCUGGUGAGGAAGUACCAAGGUGUCACCCAGGGUUUUUACACCAUCCAUUCCUGCUUCGGGGGGCACAAUGAAGACUUCAUUGCCAGUGGUAGUGAAGACCACAAAGUUUACAUCUGGCACCGGCGCAGUGAGCUGCCCAUCGCAGAGCUGACUGGUCACACCCGCACAGUCAACUGUGUGAGCUGGAACCCCGUGGUGCCCGGUCUGCUGGCCAGUGCCUCAGACGAUGGAACCAUCCGAAUCUGGGGACCUGCGCCCUUCCUGGAUGUCCAGGAUGCAGAGGGACUGAAUGAGUGUUGCAGCAUGGACAGCUGAUGAUCUGCCGCUAACACCCUGAAAGCAUUGAGACUCUGUAGACAUUUGAAUGCAUAAAGUGGGGACGUUUUGGGAAUUGGACAGCUGCAUCUUGAAGGCGUGGCCUGUAUUGGGGCGCAUCUGGACGUCACAACACGAGCUGUCGAACUCGAGGCCGGGCUCCAGGACAUCUGACCCACCUUCUCCUCUUUGUGGACCCGUUCCCUAGAACCACACAGGACCACCAACCUCCUGCUUUAUUAUAAAUUACAUUAUUUAUUCCUGAGUAGUUCACUGACUAGUGCUAGGUGCUGGGUGGAGGGUUUGUCUCUUCUGUCUGAGCUUCUCACAUGAAGAAACUCUGGCUUUUUGACCCGUCACUGAACCUUUUAUGAAACUAUAGCUGCAGCGAUGGUUGAUGGAAGUGAGACCCACUCGAAGAGAAUCUUUUAACUGCUAUAGUCUGUUUUUGGUUUUGUUCUUUAGUUUUAAAUGUGGAGUUUCAUGGCUUGGCUCCUUUGUGCUUUCCUGCUUAAACCCAGAGACAGAAUCGUGUCCCAGAAGCAUGUUGCAUAGGAAUCUGCAGUUUGAUGGAUAACUCAUGUUUUACACUCGCAGUGUUCAAAUGUGUCAAGUGCUUUGCUGUUUCGUGAGGGCAUACAGCAGCUGAUGUGUACAACUGUGUCGUCUUCAGAGCAUUACCUGUCAGCCAUCAUACGUGGAUUAUGGGAUGUCGUUUCCUCUGUCCAAGUGUGGAGUUUCCUUUAAUUCGCUGUCAUGUUUUCACUCUUUGCUCUUUGAUUGUGUUUCAGCCUGUUUCCUUCCUCUGUACAAACAACAGUCGUGUGUGUGUGUGCGUGUGUGUGCGUGUGUGUGUGUGUGCGUGUGCGUGCGUGCGUGCGUGCGUGCGUGCGUGCGUGCGUGCGUGCGUGCGUGCGUGCGUGCGUGUGCGUGCGUGUGUGUGUGUGUGUGGAGAGAGACUGCUGUCUGUUUCAUCGUUUGGCAUCUUUAUUGAUACUGUUGGUUGUGAGUGGAUUUUAACAAACAGUCUGAUUUCUUACACGAAGCUGUCAGUGAACCUUUUGACAUGAUCAGGAUUUCAACACUAAAUCUUGAUGAACAGUAGAUAAAUAAUAAUAAUACAAUCAUCUAACAAACCCAGGCUGACUAAACUAAAACUGCUGGCACGUCCUUUUUGAACACACUGAUUGCAUAUUGCAUGCUGGAUAAAGGGGGUGACCACCCGAAGGUUCAUUUCCUGGAACUGUUAGUGAAACAGCGCUGUGGUAGAGAUCUGGGUUGUGCAUUUAUUUGGCUUUUCUCAGUUUGUUUUGGUCCAUUGACAGAAUGUUUGUAGUAGAAAAAAACUUUCCUGACUUUCCUUCAUUUACGAGUGGCUGUAGCUCAGGAGGUAGAGCCUGUCCUGUACUGACUGGAAGGUCGGUGGUUUGAUCCCUGGUCCCCCCAGUCUGCAAGCCAAAUAUCCUUGGACAGGAUACUAAGCCCAAGUUGCUCUCUGAUGCAUGAUUGGAGUAUGAAUGGUAGAUAGAAAGCACUUAAAAUAUGGUGAAUGUGUAUAAAGUGCUAUCAUGGUGGACUUACGAACAGGUGUUCAGAGGGUUUUUGAAGUUUCUAGCUGUGCACAUCUACGUAAAGCUUCUCUCCUGUCAAAAUUAUGAUGAAGGUGCAGUUCAGACUAUGCAUCUCUACAAACUGUAAACAGUAAGUGACAUCCUCUUAAAUGAAAUGCCUGAUUCCAAGCAGCUUCGAGGUUCACCUCCUUUCUCCAGUGUUUGAUUACUCAGUGUGAUCAGUAAAGACAGAAACAUAAAAACAUCUUUGUUAUUAAUUCAGUCAGACAGGCAGUGCAUCGUCUGCUCUGUAAUAUCAUGUGACGCCGCUGCAUCUCUGUAGCUUAAAGGAAUCUUUAUUACUCCAAAUAAAGAUUUGGUUUCCACGUCAUUCUGUAAAUUACAUCUUAAGAUAAAAAGAAAACAUCAGUCUUAUCCUUAAUGUUCAACACAUCAACAGGAAGCAAACAAAAUGACAGAACGUGACUUAUUCUUUUCAAACGUUUCCUGUCUUGGGUCAAAGAACAGUCUUCCUCCAUGUGUGAUAUACAGUUAUGUUAUUAUCAUAUUUGUGUUUCAGGCUUCCCACGUCUGGUUUCUGUUUGUUAACACAACUCGUUUACAGCGUCACACUCAGUGCUCCUGGGUGAAAUUGGAAACAGAAACUUUGUUUAAUUGUCUUGAACAAAAACUGAAAUUUGAAUAAUGCAGAUCAAUUUUUAUCCAAACAGCUUUUUUACUCUCUGUAAGUUUAUUCAGAUUCUUUCCAGUUGUGAACAACAGCUGGAAGACGGUGGGAACCCUGUUAUCUCCCCCGACAUAACUGUAGCCAUCAGCAGCUUCACUCCUCCAUCUCUCACACACACACACACACACACACACAGUGCACAACAGCGUCUGUCCCACAGCCCACACGUGGUGUUUGCGUUUCUGCUUCUGUGAUCCUUUCAGCUUGUUUAUUUGGAUCAUUUCAGGCUUCUCUUCUUCAGUUAAGAAGCCAAAGUAGUAACUGUGUUUGCUUGCAGGCAGUUUUUGCCUGGAAUUCAGUUUUAAUGUGUUAUUGCAAAAAGUGAUUGUACUAUUCAGUCUAGUUCUGUAGGAGAAUUAUGUGUCCAGAUUUUAAAUAAAGCAUUCGGGGUUUUAAAAAAA